UACCUGAUGUGCACGCAUGGAGCACCGGAGGGAAAGGUAAAAAUGAGGCUGGUUGGUUGGGACAAAAUCAAUGCGAACGUAGAAGAAUUGACCGGAGGAUGGUGCGUGCAUGGCAGGCAUGAAGGCAAGAGCAUGAGGCCAGGGGAGCGACAGGUGCCGAGUCGCCCACGUGGGUUCUCUUAGCAGUAGAAGACGGCUUCCUUGUGACUGCUUGGAGUCAGGACGACGCCGAGUAAGCGAGUGGGGGGAUCCAUUCGGUAGCAAAUGCUGCUAACCCGUCGCAAGGUCAAGAUCAGUCGGUUAAUCUCGUCCAGUGAGCGAAGACCUUGCUUGCACCUUGCACAAUUAUUGGAAAUAAUUCGUACUUGUCUAUGUUCAGGAAUAAAAUAAAUAUUGCUACAUUAUAGUUUGAUUUUUCAUCAAGAGGCAGAAUAGCGCGGCAAACUUGUACGAAUCAUUUCCACCUGUUGACUUGAAGCAAUUCUUUCUUCUAGAAAGAGAUAUUUCGUUUGAUGGUGUUUAUAGUGCAUGAAACUUUCAAAUUUUGCCGGGUUUUAUCCCCUCUCUCAAUUCACCGCUAAUCACUGUUACACGCGCGUGUAUUCACUGCACCAGCUAUAUUAUUAAUCGCAACUUGUUAUGGAAACUUGUGUUUUGAUUCCAAAAGAGUUCUCAUUGGUUCUUGCUACCGAUCCGUCGAACAAGCUAUUCAAAAAUGCACCCUUCUCCGAGAUGCGGAUCUCGGUGUGGUCCAACGUAUUUAUACCUUCGGGAACGCUUAUAUACCCGUUUCAAGGAUCAAUCAGAUUCGAUAAAAUUGAUUUGUACUCUCUUCUCGAUGACAACGAUAUACGGCGUGAGUACGGCUGCUACGACGAAGUGUCAUUUUCGAAUUAUAAUCUAAACUACCGUCAGUGUAAUUGGAUAAGGUUUCUGCACAUUGCACAGACUUACAACGAACAAGUGAAUCUUAUCGGGACAAAAGUCAGGGGAGAACCGAUAUUUGAGGUGAUCAAAGACGUUCAACCGGACACGGAAUUGGCGGCCUGUUUCGUACCUGUGGAUGAUCACGAUUUAGUGUUUAUAUCACAUGCUCAGUGGACACGUACUGCGAUCUACAGGUACACGAUCGAUUCAAUAUUGGACGAGUCACCGCUCGAUCUGUCGAUGGCCUUAUUAUCGCAUCAGUCAUCGUCAGUUCCAUCUUGUUACGAAGCUGAUGAAUACGAAUCGACGUCCGGCGAAUCAUCGACGUCCACGUUGUCCAUAGUUGGUGAUCACUUAGAAUGCAGCAUCUUGACAACUAUGAAACGAGGUGAACGUGUUUUAUUGCCAUGCGAAGUUUGCGGAAAAUCUUUCGACCGACCAUCCCUGCUUAAGAGGCACAUGAGAACGCACACAGGCGAGAAACCCCACGUAUGCAUGGUAUGCAGCAAAGGCUUCUCAACGUCAAGCUCCUUAAAUACACACAAACGAAUCCACAGCGGAGAAAAACCGCACCAAUGUCUUGUGUGCGGAAAGAAAUUUACUGCUUCCUCGAAUCUCUACUAUCAUCGCAUGACUCACAUAAAGGAAAAGCCACACAAAUGUUCGCAGUGUUCCAAGUCUUUUCCCACGCCGGGUGAUUUGAAAAGUCACACUUACGUUCACAAUGGACUUUGGCCGUUCAGGUGCCACAUAUGUAAUCGCGGAUUCAGCAAACCGACGAAUUUGAAAAAUCACAUGCUGCUGCACUUGGGCAGGUGUUCGAACAAGAAGUUUGUCAAGUCAGACUCAUGAACGGCGGAUGGAUCUCACCAAAAUAGACUGACAAUUAAUUAUAGUAUGGAAGUUGUCUUACCGCACACUGCGAGGACGUACGGUUAACGGAUAUCUCGCGGGCUGCAUCCUAACGGGC